CUGCACUCAUCUGCAUGCAGCUUUGCAUCUCAUUUGCAUACCGAGCCUGUCCGUAGGCCCGCACGCGCGCCCCCGCCCCCACGCAGACCCGGCUGAGUCCGGUCGCCUUCAGUCCCCUCCUGAGCACACGUCUCUAACCUCUUAAACCAACUCCUAUCUGUGACCUUUCCAACUUCUCUGGAUCUUCACGGUUUCCCUCCCAUGGAUCCCCUACUGGUGCCCCCAGGCCAAUAACAGUCCUUUCCAUGGUCCCCCAUCCCGACCACCCGGUUCCCGAGAAGACAAUACUCCAAUUCUCUGGGAAGUGGAAGGAACCAAGUGGGAACCAGGGGGACACUGGGACCCUAGUUGGGUAUUUCUGAGCUCCAUGUUAGCCAGUUAUCUAAGUAUUCAAAUACUUUCCCCAAGCCUCUCGCAAUACUCCCCGAGGUCCCCUCCCUGUUGUGCUUUGGGGGGUCUCUGGGCCAGAAAUAGCACAAUGGUAUCCGAGGUCCUCCCCACACACAUGCAGGGGAAAGAGUUGAAGGGGCCCGCCUCCGUGAUGUCACCCCCUCCCACCCUGUCCCCAUCCUCCACCCCCAAGCUAGUUGCAUUUAGCUGCCAGGACUUUGGCUACGACUUACAAGAGUUUAGGGGGAAACAGAGUGGUGCCCUUGUGGACGACCCCCCCCACACACAAACACACAAGCCAGCCUGACGCCUAGGACCUUCCGGCAAGCAAGCAGCCCGGAAUCGAAGGAAGCACUUCCACCCCUUCCUCUCCUCAGCCCCGCCAGGGUGGUUUCCCAGCCCCUUCAAGACAUUGAUGGAUGGAUGAGAGGAAUGGGCACCUCCCCCCUGUGACUACCUCCUCUUUGGGCAUGGAGGAAGCCUUGCUGCCCCUGGUUCUGACCUCUGACCCCAGGCCUUUUAACCAACAACUCCCACAGCCUCCUGACCCAAGAUGUAUCUUGGAACCCCAGAACAAUCCUGACCUAGCACCUACCCUAGUGUGCGCCCUUUGCUGCUGUUUUGGGAUCAUCUACUGCUGCUUCGGCUACCGCUGCUUCAAGGCAGUAAUGUUUCUCUCUGGCCUGCUGUCCGGAGCGCUGGUGAUCUUCCUGUUGUGCCACAAAGAGCGGGUACUAGAGACACAGCUGAGCUUGGAGGUGAGCGCCGGCAUCGCGCUGGGCAUCGGACUCCUCUGCGGCCUGGUUACCAUGCUGGUUCGCAGUGUUGGCCUCUUCCUGACUGGUCUCCUGCUAGGCCUGACUUUGGGCGCCGGCACACUGUUGGGCACCGAGCCCAUAUACCAACCGCCUUCAGCUUGGGUCCCAGCCGGGGGCCUGGUGGGACUGGCGCUGCUGGGAGCCCUGCUCACCCUUCGGUGGCCACGCCCAUUCACGGUUCUUGGCACCUCCCUGCUAGGAGCUGCAGUGCUGGUGGCCUGUGCUGACUUCUUCUUGGAGGAGCUGGCACUAGGCAGUCGGCUGGGCCAACGGCUGCAGGCCCUUCCAGCCCUGCCGCCUCUCUGCUGGUAUAGCUGGGUCUUACUUGGGGCCUGGCCAGCCCUGGGGGCCCUGGGGGCCCUGGCCCAGUGGAAGCUCAUGGCUGAGGAACACGGAGGCCACGCCAGUGCAGUAAUCCUGAGCCGCCAGCAGAGGCAUCUCCAGCUCCUCCGUGUCCGUCAGCAAGAGGCCAAGUGGCAACGGACCCCUCCAGGAGUGGGACUCUGUGAGGGCAGUUACCGCCGCCAGCUGCCCCCCAGUGCCCGGAGCCCUGCUGACAGCCUAGCUCCAAGUUAUCUCCAGAGUCUUCGAGAGCGCCAACUGGGGCCAAGCACCCAGGCCACUGCCCCCCACACCGUUCUAGACCUGGAUUCUGACUGCAGUUCCACUGUUCCCCUCACCACACCGGCUGGUUCCACCCAGACUUGAGCCUCUGCCUCCUAGGCUGCCACCUUCCCUAGUAAGGGGGCUAGAAAGGCUAGGUGGGCAGAGCCAGUGUCCCCAGGCCCCACACAGAGACUUCCUCACCUCUUGGGCUUACAGAUCUAUCUGUGUGCUCCAACCCAGUCCAUAUCUGUAGGGAUAUAUUUCGGGGAUCGAGAGAACCCUGGGAGGUGGGGCAAUAAAUGGAAGUUGAGUAUCUACCUCCAUCCAACCAUAGAGGUGUCUGUUCCCCAAAGGAACUGACUCUCUAAUCUCUCCAAACUGGGAUAGCCUUUGCCCAAUUAGCCUCAGUGUGCUUCGCAAUGGUAAAAUUAGGGGGUUUGUCUUUGUAGGACCUUUAGGAAGUCAGAACACCUCCUAAAGCUCUCGGUAGCCUUUUGAUGGGGAGAAGGGCACAGAGGCAUCCUAGCAUGAUCUAAUCCACUGGCCCUUCAGUAGGGGGUAGGGGAGAUCCUGGUUAGCCUUUCUCCCUGGAUCCCAUAGGCUAAAGCCCCCUUCUUCUACCUCAGUUGGGGACACUAUCCUCCAUGGUGCUCCCUGUCCGUGUUCCUCAAACUUGGAGAAGACCGGUGCCUGGCUCUGUGCCUGCCUGGCACAAGAACUGCCUCCUGCUCCAAGCACAGUGUUGGCCCACGUGCCAGACUCUUGCCCCUUGGCCCCCAGGAGCCUGGUCUGGGGGCUGCAUGGGAGACCAGUGCCUUCUCUGCCUUUCACGAUAGGCGAGCCUAAUUUCCUCCUUGACCUUAAAAGUUCUGGUUCAGUUCCAACCACUAACUCACUCUAACUUUCCCCGCCUCCAACCCUCCGACUCUCCAGUCGGUCCCUUCUUCCCCAGAGAGCAUACAGGACGAUUGAUCACAUCCCUGGGCAGCCAGACACGGUGGGAGGAAGGAAGAAUGAGGGAGCAUGUGAAUAAAAUGGCAUUGAAUAAUAAACUGGGGAGUCUGGCGUC